AUGGGAGAUGGGGACCUGGCCACUUGUGAAUUUGUGUGCGUCCGCGGGGUCAGCGGACAUUUCGGGCGCCAUUUGGACUUGUUGAUCCCUUCGACCAACUGCAACACUCGGACUGCCCCAGCCGUCGUCUCCCCGUCCACCUCUCCCUCGCCUCCUGCGCCGUCAAAUAACUCUGACCGCCCUCCCGAACCACCACGUCCAUCCGCAUCCUCCUCCUCCUCCUCCUCCUCCUCCUCCGCGCUGCUCCAACGUCUGCCUCUGUGGCACCUGCCACGCACACCAACAUUGCAUAAAAUCCUGGCACCUCAACAAACGCCAACGCGACCACCGUCGACAUCAGUGGUGAGGACCUGGUCUACACAUGUCCUCAUUGCGACCGCUCCUUCACCUUACACAUCGGCCUGGUCACUCACUUGCGAAUCCAUCGCACAGACAUCGGCGAACCAUUACCUGGAGCGCCAACCUACACCCGCUGCAUUCGCCUCCACUGUCCACACUGCCAUCGCACAUUCAGCCAGCGCAUGGGCCUAUUCGGCCAGAUGCGUAUCCACGAGAACGGAAGUGGACGCAGACCUGACACACCCACCACAUCCAGCACACCUGCCAUUCUCAGCUUCUCCCUCACUCCGCCGACCCGUGCACCCGCCACCACCACCACCACCACCUCCGUAA